AUGGCACAGCCUCUCCUCUUUAUUCUCAUGAGUGCACUUUUCUACAAAGUAAAUUCCCUAACCUGCUAUCAGUGCAUACCUGAGACAUCAAUUAAAUGCACUGAAACUAAAGUGGAGUGUCCUGUUGGUCAAUGUGGGACCAUGAGAACCACAUCUUAUAUGGGAAACAACACAUUGGCUGACAUGAUUAGGAAGAACUGCUCUACAACUAAUCAAUGCGUGACUGCAUCUGCAAACUUUGGAAUUACAAAAAUAGUCAUCAACAAUCAGUGCUGCAAUACUAACCUGUGCAAUUCCCAGACUGAACCAGAAUCACCCAAAAUGAUCCCAAAUGGAAUGCAAUGCUACACUUGCAAUGGAGAAGACUGUGUGUCAUCUUUACCUUGUGUUGAUGAGGAAGAUCAUUGUAUCAAGGCAACGGUCUUUAGUGAUGGACAUAUGAUGACAAUGAAAGGAUGUGUGACCAGAAGUUUUUGUAUGGGUGAGCUGUCCACCAAGAUCAGCCAGUCCAGCAUAGCAGCGGACCAGAGCUGCUGUAAAGGACAUCUCUGUAACAGAGCUCAAACCGCUAGCGUGAGCCGCUCGUUUCAGCUGGGCAUUCUGAUGUGUGCAAUACUACAGAUGUCAUUUUGAGCUUCAAUUGCCAUGAACCUCUGAUUCUCGUGAUUUUUAGUUUUACAAAACAAUAAA